ACUAUGAAUGGUAAAGCAGCGAGGAGGCCGAGGGGAGUGCAAAGAGGAGGCGGUGUGCCUUUGUAGUCGGUGAGGAAUGCGGAAAUGUCCCCGCUCCGUGUCAAACCUCUCUGAAGGGGGUCAGGCCACAUUCAGCCGGCGUGGGAAAGCCAGGCGGAGACGGAGCUCACACGGCCGAGCGAGGCUGCUGCUGCUGCAUGGGCCUGUUUGGGGGAUAUAUGGAAGAGAAAAAGGGGGCGAGAGGGAGAGAGAAAGGGGCAAUCUAAAGAGGAGCGUGGCUUUGGAGGGCUUGUAUCACGCGUUUGCCUUUGUCUUGCGCCCCCCCCCCACCACCACCACCACCCCUCCCUCAGUUGUGUGUAUGGAUUUCGAACAACCUUCCUCCGCCACCCCCUCAACCUCCUCCUCCUCCUCCUCUCCUUCCCCCCGCUUGAGUGCGCUAGCCUGGGCUGGUGCAGUUUGAGGGAUGGGGGGUUAGAGCAUGCACCGUCUAAAAACUACCUGUGUGGCCCCCGCAUGGAGGACAGUGGACUGGGAUGUAUUUGAGCGACCAGUUUGAUUUUAUUUUUUCAGUUUUUAUUUUUUUUACUGCCUCCUCACUUUAUCGGACAUGCCGACGUUGCGACAUAUUGUUGACAACAUAAAACGAGGCAUUGCACGUGUCCACUUUUUCCUGUGACUAUGACUUGGUGAGAAAGUCUGGCUCGUCAGCCUCCCCGGGAAUCCCCGCACUAUUUUCAACGAGAGACGAGGAGGGAAAAUAAGCAAAAAUGGACAAAGAGGCGAUUGGUACGCAGUAUGAGCCUGUGGCCGAGAUCGGAGAAGGCGCUUAUGGAAAAGUGUACAAGGCGAGAGAUCUGAAGAACGGGGGACGAUUUGUAGCCCUAAAACGGGUUCGUGUCCAGACGGAGGAAGAGGGCAUGCCUCUCUCAACCAUCCGGGAGGUGGCGGUACUGAGGCAGCUUGAAGCCUUUGAGCAUCCUAAUGUUGUCAGGCUCUUUGAUGUGUGUACAGUGUCUCGGACUAACCGUGAAACCAAACUCACCCUGGUCUUUGAGCAUGUGGAUCAAGACCUGACCACCUACCUAGAGAAAGCCCCUGACCCCGGCGUACCGCCAGAAACCAUCAAGGAUAUGAUGUAUCAGCUGCUCCAGGGAUUGGACUUCCUCCACUCACACCGUGUCGUUCACCGGGACCUAAAACCACAGAAUAUCCUGGUCACCAGUGGAGGACAGAUUAAACUAGCUGACUUUGGUCUCGCCCGCAUCUACAGCUUCCAGAUGGCACUCACCUCUGUGGUGGUGACACUGUGGUACCGAGCCCCAGAAGUGCUGCUGCAGUCUAGUUAUGCCACCCCGGUGGACCUGUGGAGCGUCGGCUGCAUCUUCGCUGAGAUGUUCAGGAGAAGACCUCUAUUUCGUGGUAACUCAGAUGUUGAUCAGCUGGGGAAAAUUUUUGAUGUUGUUGGUGUACCUUCACCAGAAGACUGGCCCCAGGAGGUGGCCCUACCACAGAGUGCCUUCACCCCACAGCCUGCUAAACCAAUAGAGGACUUGGUUCCUGACAUAGACGAGCAAGGGCGUGCUCUCUUAUUGCAAUUCCUCGCCUUCAACCCCUCCAGGAGGAUAUCUGCAUUUGCUGCACUUAGCCACCCUUAUUUCCAAAGCGUGGACAGCCUCAGUAGAAGUGUAUAUGCAGCGCAGCCCAUCCCCAGCAACAAGCCCACUAUUGAAGAGAGGACUGCCUGAGAGUCCUCGUUGUCCCUCACCGUGUCCGUAAAAUGUAUUCACCCAGCCCCUCGUCAAUCUUGAUCAUGCGUGAUUGUUCAAUCCAACUACUUUAAACUACGACUCCUAGCGCAGUGAAAUUAGCUGCAAAGUGGAUUCAUUUUGAAGUAUAAAACACAAAAUAAUUCAAGACAAGUAUUCAUUUCUUCAGUAUAUUUUAGAGGUGGUCCAAAUCUACAUUACAUCUGGAUGAAAUUCUAAUUGGAUGAGUCUGGAAUAUAAUUUGGGAGAUCCAUUUAGUCAUCACUAUUAACUUUACAAUUUCAGCCAUUACUUGAAGCUAGCAAACUGUGUUUCACCUGAACAAGUUAUAUGUUUUAGGUGUUUUUUUUCUUUCCACCUUAAAAUUGAGAUCCUGCAGAAACAGCAUGUAUAUAAAUAAACCUAUAGUCACAAAUCACACAAAAAUAAUAGCCAUGGUAAUAUUUAGGUAUCAAAACAAUGGGGAUGAAUCCUGGUGCGAUUUUGUGUUUUAUAUGUGUACCUUUUCUGUUCACCAUUUAAACUUAUUCCACUGUGAUUUAUUGUGGUAUCAGAACAAAACAUGAAUGAUCAGGUGGUGGGUGUACAUAAACCCUUCAAGGAGGGAACGCAAAAGGAGGUAAUGCUAGGAAUGAGGACACCCUGCCCUGGAAAUGCACAAAAACUAUCCUCCUUCCGUGAACUGAUGGAUUGAAUUUGCUGCUUUUAGGUUCUAAAAUGUUGAUGAAUGACUACGUUAUCAAUGCAAAGACAGUUGUGAUUGGGACUAAUCAGCGAACAGACUGUAGACUCCAUGCAGCGACUACUGUUUGAGUAGUGUUGAGCCCCCUUUGGAGUCUUCUUGAUCGGAGGGGGGCACGAGCGCCAAAAUGGAUCUUUCUUCUGCUUUCUGGACUUGUGAAACCCAAGCAUGGUCGCAUUUAUGAACACAUAAAGUGUGCGCUGAUGCUCCUGUAGACACCAAACAAAUGAGUCAUGACUUACUGCCACUUACUGCCGCUAUUGGGGCUUAGAAACGUUUUACUGCCAUCCAGAGGAUGCCCCGUACAACUGCAGACCAGUAGCAGGAUUCUAAUGGCUGCAACCUUGGGGUCAAUCACACUUAAAGGCAUUUAUCAUCAUCAUCAUGGGCUAAUACUGGUGCUGCGGCAAAGAUUCGGGGGGGGGGGGGGGUUCUUGCCACUUCCUUGAUGUUUCUGACAGGCUGAUAGUUAGUCAUCAAGGUCUCGUAUAACAUUUUGUUUUUUGUUUGACACAGUAAUGCACCCGCUUGCAAUAGGUGGCCUUAGUCCCGCAAUUCCUUCAGUACAUUUGGCAUAGAAUUACGCUACCAAUAUUUUGUAUUUAAUUCUAAUUUUAUUGCUAAGUCUUAUAUGCAUGUUUUUAUCAAGUUGUGUACUUGAUUUUUAAGAAACCCGGCAUAAAAUAUUCUUACACCAACUCUAUAGAGGAUUACUGAACCUGUGUAAUGGUAGAUUGACAAUGUAAGGAAUGUAUACAAGGCUCAGUGACUGUAUUGUACUGUUUGUAGUGCAGCAGGAAUUAUAGAAAAGGUUUGAUAUUUACAUUGUCAGCCCAUAGAAAUGUCACAAAAGCAGAUCAGGUAGCGUAGUGAGGGUCAAUGGAAUGUUGUACGGCAAGAGUUUUGUCUGUCGAAAAUGUGUGGCGGGUUUUGCGGGUGCAUGUUGAAUUUUCUUCAGCUUGAGAGUGGCUGCAAAUUUGUGUUUUUUUUUUUUUUAUAAUAAUGCACAAAUAUCCUAAACCUUUUUUUCCCCCAUUAUUUGUAUGUCCCGAAAUGUUCAAUUUUUUUUCUUUAUUUUUGCAAAGAAGGAAAAAGCAAGUUGCAGAGAUGUAUUUUUUUUUUCCUAUAGUUUUCGCAAAACAGUAACGUACUUUUAACACUGGUGUAUCCUCUCUUAACUGGUCGUGCUGCUAGCACACGUACACACACACACUCGCAUAUACGCACACAAACAUACACAAACUCAUUCUUUCUCAGGUUUUUGGUAUCGGUGUCCAAACCUCUCGCACAGUUUGCACAUCCUCUGGCUACUUACUAACCACAUUACAACUCCUUCAGGUUCUCUCUUAAACUGUCCAGUGAUCGCGCCAUUGAUCAUGUCCUACUGUUGAUUCUAUUUAUCACGUGUGUCACUGUAGUACUUAAUGUCUGAAUACAGCUGUCUGUAUGAACUGUUUUGUCACAACAGCAACAUUUUAUUGCUAAUUUGUGAACAUAAUCCACAAUCCAUCAUUUCGACUGAGCACCGUGUGAACAUUCUGAUUGGAAAUUACAUAUCGGUGUCGGCGACAUACAAUGCAAUCAAAGCUCGAAAUAUUUUUCAUUUAUAGUUCUGGUAAUGACUGCUUUAGUCUUUUAAACUUGAUACUGUAUAUAUAUAUAUUUUCUUAGCCAGUAACAGUAUCACAUUCAAACGAGUAAAACUGAAUUCCGCAUUCAAGCUUUUAGAGGUUUUUGUUGUUUUGAAACUUUUAAAGCUUGAUCCAUCUUGCAAAUCAAGCCACACACAUGUUCCUGCGUUAUGUUUUUAGCACACCAGAUUUGGACUUGGAACAAAACAAUCACGGUAUUAUUGUAAGAAUUGAAGAAUUGGUGUUGUAUUAUUGCUUACACCAGCUGAAUUAAAAAAAUGCUUUUUCUCCUGAGAUUUGUGUUGGAUUCUAGUUACACGUGACGUGCAUGUAAAUUAAACCAUGCAUAUAAAUCGGGUAAAAAUAAAUGUUAAAGAACAUAGCAGAUGACACGGCAAUGUCAGAGGAAGCAAGAGCCGUGGCAUUUCUGGCACUUACAGAAAGGGGGGUUGGUUGCAUGUAGUUGUUGCUCAAUAUGAAAUGUGUGUGCAAGACGUCUACAUGAACUGUUGCCUACAUUUCCAUGGAUCAUAAUCCUCAUGUUAACCUUAUCACUGUCAUCUAUUCAUUGAGCAUGUUUAUUGUUGUGCUUGUGGUUUGGUGUGAUGAACACAUUAAAUCAAGUUUCUGCAAGUGGACACUAAGUUUUCAGGAGGCAGA